AUGGCUAAAGUACGAUUUCUAAAUACAUUCAAGCCAAUACAAAAUCUGCUACCGGAAGUUAGUCCGCCAGAGCGACCUGUGCCUUAUCAGCAGCGAAUAUUAUGGACGGUCAUAUCGCUUUUUAUAUUCCUAGUAUGUUGCCAGAUUCCUUUGUUCGGAGUGGUAACGAGCAAGUCCUCUGACCCCUUCUACUGGGCUAGAGUGAUCCUUGCAUCCAACAAGGGGACUCUGAUGGAGCUGGGUAUUUCCCCGAUUGUUACGGCGUCCAUGUUAACGCAGCUGCUGGCUGGUUCGAAGCUGAUUGACGUGGACUUGUCCCUCAAAGAAGACCGAGCUCUCUUCAAUACUGUUCAGAAACUAUUUGGCUUGUUGAUUUGUUUGGGUGAAGCCGUUGCGUACGUAGUGUCGGGAGCGUACGGUCCGGUGGGUUUGGUGACAGGUUCUUUGAUUGUGGCUCAGUUGUUCUUUGCGGGUACUUUGGUGCUGUUGUUGGACGAAUUGAUGCACAAGGGUUACGGCAUGGGUCCGGGCAUUUCAUUGUUCAUCGCUACUAACAUUUGUGAGAACAUUAUCUGGCGUGCAUUAUCUCCGACGACGAUCAAUACGGGGAAAGGAACGGAGUUUGAAGGCGCAUUGAUAGCGUUGGUUCAUUUGUUAGCGACGAGGCCGAAUAAGUUGAGUGCAUUACGGGAAGCGUUUUACAGAUCUUCGGCGCCGAAUUGUACCAACUUGUUGGCUACAUUAUUGGUGUUCUGUAUCGUAAUUUACUUCCAAGGUUUCCGCGUGGAUUUACCCAUCAAGUAUCAGAAAAUGGGUGGUCAAGUUGGAAAUUACCCGAUCAAAUUGUUCUACACGUCGAACAUCCCUAUCAUCCUCCAAACCGCCUUGGUAUCUAAUCUAUAUUUCCUAUCCCAAUUACUCUACAGACGCUUCCGGUCAAACAUUAUCGUCAACCUCAUUGGCCAGUGGCAGGAAACCGACUUUGGCUCAGGCUCAUCCGUCCCCGUCGGAGGUGCUGCAUACUAUAUCUCACCACCCACAACUUUCAAGGACCUCGUUGCAGACCCACUCCACACCUUUAUCUACAUCGUCUUUGUCCUAGCAUCUUGCGCCAUUUUCUCCAAGACCUGGAUCGAAGUCAGCGGCAGCUCACCCAGAGAUGUUGCCAGACAACUUCGCGACCAGGGCGUAGUCGUCAAAGGACAUCGAGAAACCGCCGUCGUUCGAGUACUCGAAAAAUACAUACCUACUGCCGCUGCAUUUGGAGGCAUGUGUAUUGGUGCUCUCACCAUUGUCGCAGACUUCCUCGGAGCCAUCGGCAGUGGUACCGGUAUCCUUCUUGCAGUCACCAUCAUCUACCAAUACUACGAAAUGCUCGCCAAAGAACGACUCCAACAAAUAUCAAUAUAA